ACUUGACUCUACAACGUAAUCCUAGAUCUUAAACAGUGUAGAUUUUGUGUUUAAACCCCCCCCCAAAUUGCCAGUUCAUGUUUAAUUUGGCUCAGUGAAACACACUGUGGACCGGGCGCGGCUGCAACUCAUCAAGUUCACAUAUUAAUCACACCUGCUUCAUGAGCAGCAGCUCUAAUGGGAUAACAUUAGAAACGAAUCAUUUCUUCUUGUGAGGGUGUUGAAACAGUUGGUGGCUGACAGCUUAAGUGGGUUGCAUGAGAGCGUAUGUAGAACAGAACCAGAUAAAGUGUAGCGGUUUGUUUAGUUAAGAGGAAAAGAAUAAACAGAUCGUGCCAGGAAGACAGCAGGAUCUGGACAAUCUCUUCUCUCUGCUUCCCCUCCUCCUCGUUAUAUAACUCCACACUGACAGAAGGGUCAUUUCCCUGUUUGGACUCUUUCAACCGAGUGGUUUUUCCUUUUCUCCAGCAUCUGUGUUCUACGGCGUAAUACGAUGGGCUUGAGGAUCAUGGUUUUUCUGGCUGUGUUAACAGCGGUAACUGGGAGCCCCAGUGUGACAACCAGACCUGAGUCUGACUCAGCGGACAUGUCAGCUCACCCCAACAGUGUACCAGAGACUGUAGAGGAAACAGAGGUGAUUGGGCAGAACAAAGUACAAAUAGGACUGGAGCCUGAGGAGGAUGUGAUGGCGACUGGCAAGCUGAACCCCAAUCACUACCCCGCUCAGAGGGCAGCCAAGGUGGUCCAACACUACCUCAACACCCGCUAUGGCUCACCAUACAGGGUGUUCGGACUGCACAAGGUCCACAGCGGAAACGCAGAGGAUGUGGCAGACUCUGGAAGAAAGUAUCAGCUGGACAUCAUGGUGCAGGACGUCAUGAGCAAAAGUACAGAGAAAUGCUCUGCAGAGGUUUUUUUUCCAAAGGGGAAGCAGCAGCAGCAGAGCUCACCCCAGGUCCAGGCCUCAUGUGAGGAGCUCCGAAAAAUCGACACAAGCGUUCAAGAAGAGGCUUUUUACCAACAGUACAAGAACCAAAGCCUGCUGUCGGCAAAUUUACCUGAUAGCUACGGUCGCAUUGAGCCCGAGAUGGAGCCUCUCUGGCACCUUGGCUCUGUGGCCUCCAGCUUCACCAUGCUGAACGAAUCAACUGAAAACACUCUGUACAACAUGGCUCAGGUGGCCAACAUCACGCAGUUGGAAACUGAGAACGACCAGCUGAAGUUUGACUAUCACAUACUGCUGCAUGAGAUGGUGUCCCAGGAAAUCAUUCACUGGAAACUGCUGUUCAGCUGGUCUCCGUCAGAGGGAGUUAAAGUGCUGCAGAUGGAGCAGCUUCCUCACUGCCAUGACUGUGAAAAACCUCCAAAUACAAACUAAACUGCUGACGUUCAUCACGCUGCAACUACGAUCAAAAACAAAACCUUGAUGCUCACAUCUUGUGUUCGGGGGGGGGGGGAUCAGCUGUUGACGCUUGCAGCAUAAACCUUUUUGAACUACAGAAAGGUUGAGUUUGUACUAUCAGGAAUCAGAUUAAUCCAUCCUACAUAAUGAUAUGAUAUGCUUCAAUUGUUCUGUACUCUUGGUUUAACCAACCGGAGUGUUUAACCAAAAUAAAGUGUUUAUACCUAU